UGGCAAACGCCGGAAUACACAAACGCCAACUCAAACCGUUGUCAAGUCUUUCGCUUCAAGAUGGCGGCCACCGAUCCAGGAGCAAAACAAGUUGAUGUGUCUCAACUGCCCAUCCCGCAUUUGAACCAUUUAUCUCAGCAGCUUGAACAGGAAUUGGAAUUCCUUUCAAACUCAAUCAACCAGCUGAAAGUAGCCCAGAACAAGUUCAGUGAGUCGGAAGAAGCUGUUUCUCAGAUCGGUAGUCCUGGGUCUGAUGUUUUGGUACCGCUUACUGCAUCUAUGUAUGUUCCGGGUAAGCUGAGCGAAGACCAAGAUCUGUUGGUGGAUAUUGGUACCGGAUACUACGUCAACAUGUUAUCGGGGAAGUGCUGUCGGCCAAGGUACAAGCCCAGCUGGCUGCCAACUCUGAGGGCGGGGCUGCUCCGGCCGCCGUGAAGUCUUAACCUUGUUGGGGUGGGGGUUCUGGUCGUGGGAUGGGAGGAGAGCUUUGUGUGUGAAGUGUGUGCGUCUGUACAUAAUUUAUCUACUUCCCUUUCCCCCCCCCCCCUAAAACCCGAAAAAAA